GAUAUAAUUUUAUUUUUUCUUUUCUUUUCUUUUUUUUUUUAAAGAAGCCCAGUCGUCACUCAGACCUGCUUCAGGCACACGGCUGCAUAAGUAACUCUCCGGUCCACACCGGCUCUAAAACCCUCGCAUUAUUUUUAGAUGCGCCGUCUCGAGAGAGAGUCUAAAUAAUUUAAAGCGUAAAAGGACUCUUUACCCGGCCGAAGGUGCGCUGGCGUGAGAUUCUCACAGGACGGGAACCUCGAGCGAGAACUGCUAGAUGGAAUUACUUUAGUUUCAAACAGGAAAGCAAAAGUUGGUUUUUUCACUUCCGACGCUGCUAACUGAGGCAUAGAUACAGAAAAACAAUGCUGAACGUUUCUUUAAAACAAAAAAAAACAAAAAAAAAAUUUACUUGAUAACUGCAGCAGUACAGUACACUCAAAUAACCCAACAGCUUCACAGGUCAAAUACGAGAUUUGUUCAAAUGAACUGCAACAAAAAUGUCCAAAUGGUUCAGAAAAUGCAAUUAGGAAUACGAAACAUAAUGUAAAAUAAAUAAUAAAUCAUAAAGUCGCUCAGACCACAAAGCGUAGACUUAGACAGAAUAGAUCUGCCCGCGUCCGCAUUGUCACAAUAUCUAAUCUAGAAUUCAUUUUUGGCAAUAUUGGGACCGAUUCAGGUAUGCAGUAAUGUUACCUAUUAAUAUUUAGAAUUGGACUUAUUUCUGUAGAACUUUUUGUCACAAAAGUUAAGUUUCUUUCAGCCAGCUGAGUGACAGUGUGCGGCAACAGGUGUGGGGGAGAGCAGCAGAUCUUACUAAUCAUACUAGUUGUACUUCGUUAUUUUGUUUCAGGCUCUUAUUUAUUAAACUAAUCGCUCUCUUCUUGAACUCACUUCUUCUUCUUCUUCUUCUUCACCAAUCAGUAGAAUCUCCUCUUAGCAAAUCUGGCCGUAUGAAAACCGGCUUCCCUCUGAAGCUCUAAUUCUCUACCAGGAAGCUGCUCCUAUUUUAGCAUCGCUAAGGAAACCUGGCAGGCUGUCUCCGUCACGUCGAGUGUCAUGCUGCGGGAUUACAGGACGUAUUUCAGAACCCCGGGUUAAUGCUGACCACGGGGGGGCUGGAGGAGGAGGAGGCCCGGCAUUAUGAUUCAGCUGCGUACGUGCUGCAGCAGCAGAGCCGGCUUUGUCCGCGUGCCAGCAGUGGGACGGGCCGAGCGUCCGCGCGACACACGCAGGGAGGAGGGGCGAGAGGCGCGAGCGAACCUGCAGGAGAGCAAGUGCACAGGCUCGGCAGAGGGAGACAGGGAUGCGCGAGGGAAAGCAUGAAUCGAGCUGCAGGAAGCUUUUUUUAAAAAAUUUCCUUUGCACUAGUUUAGCUGCAAAGCGGAGAGUCUGAUCCCAUUCUGCUCGGCAACAGCGCUGUAAAGUAGAUCGGCAGGAAAUACGCUCGGAGAAUGACCUCAUCGCUCUCAGGAAAUGAAAGAUGCAGGAGCGGUUGGUGACUGACCCCCCUGUGUGAUUGGCUGCGCUCUACCUCCAAAACCACCCAAGUCCACAGCUGUGACUAACAACGGUAUGAACAACAACAUGGCUCUUCAGGACGCCGAAUGGUACUGGGGGGACAUCUCUCGGGAGGAAGUCAAUGAGAAACUGAGGGACACUGCGGACGGUACGUUUUUGGUGCGGGACGCCUCGACUAAAAUGCACGGAGACUACACUCUGACGCUGAGGAAAGGAGGCAACAAUAAGCUCAUCAAGAUUUUCCACCGCGACGGAAAGUACGGCUUCUCGGAUCCGCUGACCUUCAGCUCCGUCGUGGAGCUCAUCAACCACUAUCGGAACGAGUCGCUGGCUCAGUACAACCCCAAGCUAGACGUCAAGCUGCUUUACCCGGUCUCCAAACACCAGCAGGACCAGGUGGUGAAAGAAGACAACAUCGAAGCUGUGGGGAGAAAGCUUUGUGAAUACCACCAGCAGUACCAAGAGAAGAACAAAGAAUACGACCGUCUGUACGAGGAAUACACCAGAACUUCACAGGAAAUCCAAAUGAAACGCACAGCGAUAGAAGCCUUUAACGAAACCAUUAAGAUAUUUGAGGAGCAAUGUCAGACGCAAGAGCGGUACAGCAAAGAGUACAUCGAGAAGUUCAAGAGAGAAGGCAACGACAAGGAGAUCCAAAGAAUCAUGGGUAACUACGAAAAGUUGAAAUCGAGGAUCAGCGAAAUCGUCGACAGCAAGCGCAGGCUGGAGGAAGACCUGAAGAAGCAGGCGGCAGACUACAGAGAGAUCGACAAGAGGAUGAACAGCAUCAAACCCGACCUCAUCCAGCUCCGCAAGACCAGAGACCAGUACCUCAUGUGGUUGACACAGAAAGGAGUCCGACAGAAGAAACUCAACGAAUGGCUAGGAAUCAAGAACGAGAACACCGAAGAUCAAUACUCGAUGGUGGACGACGACGAAGACCUCCCGCAUCACGACGAACGCAGCUGGAAACUGGGCAACAUCAACCGGCUCCAGGCCGAGGCCGUGCUCCAAGGCAAGAGAGACGGAACAUUCCUGGUUCGGGACAGCAGCAAAGCAGGGUGCUACGCCUGCAGCGUUGUCGUGGAAGGCGAGGUGAAGCACUGCGUUAUCAACAAGACGCCGUCGGGCUAUGGCUUCGCCGAGCCGUACAACCUGUACGGCUCAUUGAAAGAACUUGUACUCCACUACCAGCACACGUCUUUGGUCCAGCACAACGACUCUCUCAACGUGACGCUAGCGUAUCCGGUGUACGCCCAGCAGAGACGGUGAGGAACCCCCAAACCCUGGACGUUCCCCUCUCCGCACGGACACACAGGUUUACGAACCUGGCUGGAGCCGGAGGAGACGACGUCUUGGACUCCUUGAGCAAAUACGAACGAUAAACAACGGAACGGACGCGCUCCGACGCUCGGACUUGGAAACCGGAGGAAAAGGACACAAUAAAGCCUGAAACAUUUCAGUGACUUUGCCGUAAAACCUGAGGCGAGUCUGAAUGUAGACCUCUUUAUUUUUCUUUUUGUUUUUGUGGGAGCACAGAAUCUAGCGGAAACUGCUAGAGGAGGACGUCUGAGGCCUUUUCCAUAUGGUGCUUGUUCGUUUUUUCGACGCUUUACCAGCCAGAAUGUUAAACCACAAAGUCAAACCCUUGAAACGGAACCGUACUCACCGGCUACGACUUGUUUUGUUUUGUUGUUUUCCUCGCACCAUCAACGUGCAUUUCUUUCUUUCUUUCUCCCCCUUCCUCUAUGUGUGUGUUUGUGUGGACUGUCCACGUGACCAAAACUCACAGAAUCGGGAGACCGUGCGACGCUGGACGGCUGGAACACAUUAGCUUGUGUUUUUCUGCUCGGCAGCAGACCAUGGAUCAGCUGAAAAUGUAGCAAAAUGGCACUUUUUUUUUUUUUUACACAUAAUUUUUGUUUUUAAAUGGUUUGAUUUAAAAAAAACUCCUAUGAACUUACAAGAGCAGAGUGGAGACGGUAAAGAAAAAGCCUGCAGCCUUGUCGCUGUCGAGCUUUAGAGUGCAGAAACAAACUUGAUCUUAAAGGUGUCGGACGAGGCUGAGACUAUGAAUGGACUUACUAUGUCAUGUACAGUUGUGAAAUUGAGCAAAGUCGUGAAACGAAGCGCGCCGCACCGAAAAGGAUCAGUACCUGUUGAGUUCUCUUCUGAUCAGCUAUGCAAUUCUUUCUCCAUUUGUACUUAAGAAUUGUUUAACUGUUGCAAACCCACAAUAUAAGCUUGUUUUACCGCUUGAAAAGUAUCUUUUCCUGUGUAAAAAAAAAAAAAAAAAAAAACAUC